AUGGAUAAUCGGACGAUAUAUGAUAUAUUUCGGGCAUGUCGCCUGUGUGGUGCCGGAGGAGGCUACAAAAUGCCUAUAAUUCAAAGUAUCGUCGGCUUUGGAAGUAGCGAGGUGGAAUUAAAACAAAAAAUCAAAGAAUGUCUCCAAAUAGAGGUUCAUCAGGAAGACAAAAUGCCGCCGCUAAUAUGUGAACUCUGCGUGGACAAGGUGAACGACUACUAUGAAUUCCUAGAGAUGUGUCGCCAAACCAAUACGAGCACCCGGAAGAGGUUGGGGCUUCCAUUGCAGACUGUUACAAAUGAUGUGUCAGAUACCGGCGACUGUAUUCUAGGCGUAACAGAACCGGUAUACACAAGCGACGAGAAUGUUCAACCUCAAGGGAUUAAAAAAGAAAAGGAUAGCAAACAUGAGAAGCGUAAAGAGAAAAAGAAGGAAAGAAAAGAAAAGAAAAUCGCUGCUAAGGGACUUAAAAGAGAGUUAGAGGAUCUGAUGAAGGACACGAUAACGCCCAGUUCAAGACUAUCUCGCUCUUCGAUCAGGUCCUUGUCUUCCAGACUGUGCUCCCGAUCCUCCAGCACCUCCCUGAGGGCUAGGGUGUCGCCUAUCAAUAUCUCGAGAGGAACUAGGAAUUCUACUGGAGAGAGUGGUAAUUUGACAUCAAGUCGGCUUCAGCAGCAGGAAGUGAACCCACCUGAACCACCAAAACUGAAACCAAUUUUGAAGAAAGAAAAGGAAUUGAAGAAUGAAAAAGAAUUAAAUAAGGAGAAAGAAUUAAAGAAAGAUAAAGAAUUAAAGAAAGAUAAAGGAUUAAAGAAGGAAAAAGAAUUAAUUAAGGCAGAAGACUCUGAUGACAGCUUAUUACCGGUGUCCAGGCCUAAACGAACUCGGGAUAAAGAUGUAGUCAAACAAGAAGUACCUCCUGAAAAGAGAAUUAAGAUCACAAUAAAACUGCCCCCGCACAAGCCAGGCCCGAAAUCCCGCGUCGCGCCGGCUCCGUUCACCCCUCCGCCUCCCACCAACGCCUGCCGCAUCUGCGGCUCGGAGUUCAAAUCUUCGCAGGCUCUCGCCACACACCGCAGAGUGCACACCGUCGGUUACACUAGUAACAUGCAAGCCUGCAACGCGUGUGGCGAGUGGUACAACACACCGGAAGAGGCCUUUGCACACCAUAAAAGCCACAAGGCUAGAUGCAAACUGUACUGUUGCAGGCACUGUACCAAGCGUUUGACGUACUACAAAGACUUUCUCGAACACAUUACUGCGAAGAACUGUCCUGGUUUAAAAGAAGUGCCGGAUGUGAAAUGUGAAAAGUGCUGGAAACUUUUCCCUACCAGAAAUCUGAUGCAGCAGCAUAGAUGUUUGGGCACACAUGACCAUACAAGACCAGGUAACUGCAAGAAAUGCAAUCGCAGUUAUCAAACUCUCAAAAGUCUCAAGAAACAUGAAGCCCCGUGUACCACUAAGAAAAAAGUUUCAGAAAUUAAAAUGGACGAAUCUCUCCGUGAUCUACCUCCUGUACAAGUUCGCAUAGUUCGUUGUGAUAGCCUGCUAAAGAAGAAAAGUAACAACCGCUAUGAUGUCGCCAACCUUUCCAAGGAAUUUGGCCUAGACAGAUUUGCUUACUAUCCAUACCAGUCAUCAUACGUUCAUAUCAAGUCCGAGCCUCUUGAAUUCAACGGUAUGGUCAGCAUAAACAAAGAAAUUAGAGACGAGAUAUACAGAGAAGAGGACUAUGUUCAUUGGGACACUGACAACUCUAGCGACGAAGAGGAAACGUCUCUGUUAGGCCCGGCGAUUAAAAAGCGAAAAGUGCCAAGUUUGACAGCUCUAGCUUUAAGAACCCUAUUUAGCAGACGAUGUCUAGGAAAAGUACCGAAGAAAUUAAGAAAAAUGAAGGAUAAAUACGAUUUAUUCAACAUGAACGACGACUACAAUAUUAAUAUUAACAAUAUUAUUACUAAUUUAGAUGAAGACACUAAUGUAAAUUAUGAUUCCGACUCGCUUUUGGAUCUCGGUAACAGUGUUGGUUUAGAGAAACGAGUUCCUAGGGACAACAAUAUUACGGGCAAAGAUAUAACUAAUGCUGAUAGUGCUGUUGGAGGUUUUGAUGUUGGUGCGGAUAAAGUUGACAAAAAUGAUAACGAUAAUGCAGAUGUUGGUGACAAUGUUAGUAAGAAUAAAGAUAUAGAUGUUGGUGCUACUGUUGACAAAAAUGUUGGAAGCGGUUUUGAUAUGUUACUAUCUCAAAACGGUAUUGAAGGUAAUGACUGUAAAAAGAAUGGUUAUAGUGCUAAUAGUGAGGACAAAGAAUACGAAAAAAGUGAUUUAGUUGGAUUUAAUGAUGCACUGCACAGAAAUGAAACUUUAAACGAGAAUGGCAUUUCUCAAAAUUCCGAAGAAUCAACCGGUUCUCGUGUUUCGGUAAUUGAUAAUUGCGUAGAAGAAAAUUCUAAUCACACGUCUAGUUCAAAAGAUAUGCUUGAUGGUUUCAAUGAAAAAAUGAAUGGGAAGAACUAUGUAACAUUCAGCGAGGACGAUAAAAAGCUACUUGAUGAACUGGACGCCCAAAUUGGUGAAAAUUCAAAUAGUGAUAAGAUAUCUGAAUUAGAUAAUAAUAUCGUGCAAAAUUUGUCUAUUGACGUUCCAGACUUUAAUUUUGAUCCAUGAAAUUUGUAUACUGGGACCAUUUGGUCCAUAAGCUCUAUUUUAAAAAAGUGAAUUUGUCACCGCAAUCAAAACUAAAUGUCGCUAUUUCAAUUACGAUCCUAUGGAUUAGAUUGAUAAUAUUAAGAACCUUAGUCUGUUAUGAUAUUCAAGAUAAGGAAUUUAGUCCAGUUGAAACAUGAAAUGUGAAGGUGAGAAACCAGGAGUCGUCUAGGAGUAGACUGGUUGGUGAGUUUGCAUGAUGUUUAUUGCUAUAGUAUGUAUCAUAAUUAAAUAUCUAAAGUGUAAACAAAGACAUGUCAUAGUCAAAGUUUGAAUGCAGGUGUGUUAAACCUUGUAUUUUAAAUAAAAUUUGAAAACGACGCAGUUCUCAUUUUGUACAAUUUUGAUAAUGUAUUACAAAAUAUUAACAAUAAACAAGACUUUGUUAACAACACAUUAAUUUAACAAACGCACCACUGAGGAACUCGAAUGUUUUUUGUCUCAUUUUGUUUUUUGUAUGGACCCGACUAAAUAGCGGCACAAAAAAUGUUUUUGAUCCCGAUUAUGUUACCAGCGUCAUUAAAUUCUUCGGCCUUAAACGUAGUCUUUUAUUAUAAUUAUUGUAUUAAACAAAAUUGAGUAAAAUUGUAUAUUGCAGAAUAUGAAGUGUUUUUUUAUAUCUAUUGACGAACA